AUGGCAUCUGGUUACGAAUAUGAUAUCAAUGAUUUGUAUCAAGAAGCUCAAAGGAGAUGGCUGAAGCCAGCAGAAGUUAUGUACAUUUUACAGAAUAAUGACAAGUACCAGUUCACUCAAGAGCCACCGCAACGGCCAACCAGUGGUUCCCUAUUUCUGUUUAACAGAAGAGUACUGCGUUUUUUCCGUAAAGAUGGUCAUGCUUGGCGGAAGAAAAGAGAUGGAAGAGCGGUAGGAGAAGCCCACGAACGGCUGAAGGUUGGAAAUGUUGAAGCCAUAAAUUGUUACUAUGCACAUGGAGAGCAGAACCCUAAUUUUCAGAGGCGGAGCUAUUGGAUGUUAGACCCGGAAUUUGACCAUAUUGUUCUCGUUCAUUACAGAGACACAGGCGAGGGAAGGGUCAGUUCUGGACCUGGCACACAAUUGUCACCGGGUUCUUCUUCUGCAUUCAGUCAGAGUCCUAGGUCAUAUAAUACUCAGAAUCGAAAUUCAACGUCCAUUGUUGAUGAUUCCUGUGGACCUAAUCAGAGUUUCUCCAGUCCUGGAUCUGCAGAAGUCACCUCUGAUAUAUUCAUUUUGAACAAUGGAAUGGGUCACUCAGAAGGAACGGAAGCAGAAUCAGGAACCUCAUCUGAACUUAAGAUUACUCAAGCUUUGCGCCGAUUGGAGGAGCAGUUAAGUUUGAAUGAUGAAAGCUUUGAAGAAAUUGCUCCCUUCUACAAUGAGAAUGAAGCUACCCAUGAUUCGAAAUCACAGAACCAUCAAGGAGUGAUCUACAAGCAAGAAGAAUCUGCUGCUCUCUCUGGACCAGAUAGUCCGGGGCUGUUAUAUGAUGGAUAUAAUGGAAGGCAAGGUGAUAGUGGUGAAAGCUAUAGUGAAUUACUAGACCGUGAUUUCCCGGAUGGAAAUGAAAAGGCUUUAUCUUGGAAAAAUGAAUAUUUGCCAGCUGGAAAUCGAGAGAGCUCACAAUCUUGUUCAAUAAGAGAACCAGUUACAAACCAGGGAAACUGUUGCUGGACAACUUUCAACACUGAUAAUGCUGGAAACUCUGUUUUCUCACUACCUCAAGGUGUUGGUGGAGGCACACUUCCUCCAUAUUCUUCUAUGGUAGAAACACGAGAUACUCGAUCUGGCUACUAUGCACCAUUGUUUGACCAAAACCAAAUUGGAGCAUCUCAUGACGCAUGUUCAAGCUUAACAGUUUCACAAAAACAGAAAUUUACUAUUAAGGCAGUUUCUCCAGAAUGGGGUUAUGCCUCUGAGACUACAAAGGUUUUCAUUAUUGGAUCUUUUCUUUGUCAUCCCUCUGAAUCUUCCUGGGCCUGUAUGCUUGGUGAUGUUGAAGUUCCUGUUGAGAUAAUUCAGGAUGGUGUAAUAUAUUGUGAAGUUCCAUCUCACAUUCCUGGAAAUGUUACUUUGUGUAUUACUUCUGGAAACCGAGAGUCAUGCAGUGAAGUAAGAGAGUUCGAGUAUCGUGAUAACACCAAGAGUUGCACCAAAUGUAGUCCGUUGGAAAUAGAAGCCACUAGAACUCUAGAGGAGCUGUUAUUACUAGUUAGAUUUGGGCAGGUUCUCCUUUCUGCGUCACCUGUAAGUGAUGAUAACAAUGAAUCGGGAAUUUUCAUAAAACAGAAAGCUGACGAUGAUUCAUGGAGCCAUAUUAUAGAUGCUCUUUUAUUUGGCAGUGGAACUGCUUCUAGUACUGCCGAUUGGCUUCUUGAAGAGCUUCUAAAGGAUAAGCUACAGCUGUGGCUUACUUGCAGAUCCCGGAAAGUAGACGAAGAAACAGGCUGUUCGUUGUCUAAGAAAGAACAAGGGAUUAUUCACAUGGUUGCUGGGUUGGGUUUUGAGUGGGCCUUGAACCCUAUUCUCAGUUGUGGUGUGAAUAUAAAUUUCCGCGACAUCAACGGGUGGACUGCCCUUCACUGGGCUGCACGUUUUGGAAGGGAAAAAAUGGUUGCGUCGCUUAUAGCUUCUGGUGCAUCUGCUGGAGCAGUGACGGAUCCUAGUGCACAAGAUCCAAUUGGUAAAACUGCAGCGUCAAUUGCAGCCAGCAGUGGGCAUAAAGGACUGGCAGGGUAUCUUUCAGAGGUAGCUGUAACAAGCCACCUGUCAUCUCUUACAUUGGAAGAGAGUGAGCUAUCUAAAAGUUCUGCGGAGCUUCAAGCGGAUUUAACUGUUAGUAAUGUCUCCAAGGAAAAUAUUGCUUUCAGUGAGGACCGGGCCUCGCUCAAAGAUUCGUUAGCUGCUGUAAGAAAUACAACUCAGGCAGCUGCACGGAUACAAGCUGCUUUUCGUUCACAUUCAUUUAGAAAACGGAGAGUAAAAGAAGCAGUUGGUGUUAUGAGUGGACAUGAUAUCAAUGCAAAUAGCAUUGAAGACAUGCCAGAGCUUUAUGCUAUAUCAAAACUUGCCUUUCGGAACUCACGUGAACAUGAUUCGGCUGCAUUAUCAAUUCAGAAAAAAUAUCGAGGUUGGAAAGGUCGCAGAGAUUUCUUAUCAUUGCGCCAAAAAGUAGUGAAGAUACAGGCUCAUGUGAGGGGUUACCAAGUUAGGAAGCAUUACAGAGUAUUAUGGGCGGUUGGAAUCUUGGACAAGGUUGUGCUAAGAUGGCGUAGAAAAGGAGUUGGUUUACGAGGUUUCAAACCAGAGAUGGAGGUUAAUGAAAAUGAAGAUGAAGAUAUUCUCAAGGUGUUCAGAAAACAGAAAGUAGAUGUUGAAAUCAAAGAGGCUGUCUCAAGGGUGCUGUCCAUGGUCAAAUCUCCCGAUGCUCGUGAUCAAUAUCAUCGCAUGCUUGAGAAGUACCGUCAAGCCAAGGCUGAACUUGCGAGUACGAGUGAAGAAAAAUUGUUAACAACUUCUAUAGAAGAUUAUUUAAACAUGGAGGAUGAUUCUUAUUAA